UUAUUUUUUUGGCUGCCACCAGGCACGGUGUUCAGCUGACUGACUCGCUUGCAGUUAACACAUGGUGUCCAUUAAAAAAUGAAAUCGCAUCCCUAAAUUUUCCACGUGGCAGCUCUUGUCUUACGUGUCUGAGCUGACUAGCCCCACGCUCCGCCCUUUCCCUUUUGAAAACCAUCUACUACUCUUGCUUCCGUCUCUUUCCUUUAAGAAUCAAGCCCACAAACACUUUCCCCACUCGAACCAAAAAUCAAACUAGCCUCCCACUAACGUAUACGUUCGCUCAAAACACUACUCGUCUCAUUGGAUUCUCUCUUACAUCUUUCCUUUAUCAUACAGCACCACUCCUCGGGUUCUCUUUGCUAUCAUUCUCUAUCCCUCGUAAGAUCAUUAUUCAGAAGCUAAAAGUUUAUCACAUCAAUGGCGGAGACCUCUGGCAGAAAACUCGUCGUAGAGGUCUGCAAUGCCAAGAAUCUGAUGCCAAAAGAUGGCCAAGGAACCGCAAGCGCAUACGCAAUUGUGGAUUUCGACGGCCAGAGACGGCGAACCAAGACCAAGUCCAGAGAUCUGAAUCCCCAGUGGGACGAGAGGCUCGAGUUUAGUGUUCACGACACCGAGGCCAUGGCUUCCGAAAUCUUAGAGAUCAAUCUGUACAACGACAAAAAAUCAGGGAAACGAAGCACUUUCCUGGGCAAGGUUAAAAUAUCAGGAGGCACUUUUGUGAAGUCCGGUUCUGAAGCGCUUGUGUAUUAUCCUCUGGAGAAGAGAAGCGUCUUCUCUCAGAUAAAAGGCGAGCUUGGGGUCAAGGUUUAUUAUAUUGAUGAAGAUCCGCCAGCUGCCGAUGCCGCCGCCACAGAGCAAAAGACUGAAGUUAGUGAGGAAAAGCCACCGGAGAAUGCCGCGAAAGAGGAAGAGAAGAAGGAAGAUAAAGCCGAAGAGACAAAAGAAGAGGAAAAGAAAGAAGAUGAGAAGCCGGCAGCCAAAGAAGAACCUAAAGAAGAGGAAAAGCCAAAGCCACAAGAACCUGAUCAAGCGAAACCAGAGGAAGCUCCAGCUGAGUCAUCUCCAGUCCCGCCACCGCCUGAGGUGGACCCGCCGAUAGCUCAUACGGAGAAGCCGAAGAAGCAACAGCGGACUGGGAAGCAAGGGGAGAUGCAAAAGCUUCCUGGUCUAGGCGUAAACGACAUUGAACUUCGAUCUCUGAGCAGCGAUCGAAGCCGUAGCACUUACGAUCUCGUGGAUCGAAUGCCAUUUCUCUAUGUACGGGUCUUAAAGGCCAAACUAGCCAAACCAGGGUCUGGAUCAUCGGUGUAUGCUAAGCUCUUGAUUGCAACACACAGUAUCAAGACCAGAAGUGAAGCUGACAAAGACUGGGAUCAAGUGUUUGCGUUUGACAAAGAAGGUCUUAAUUCAACGUCGUUGGAAGUGUCUGUAUGGUCGGAGGAGAAGAAAGAAGAUAAUCAGAAGACAGAAAGUUGUUUGGGAACUGUCUCCUUUGAUUUGCAGGAAGUUCCAAAGAGAGUACCCCCGGAUAGUCCUCUGGCUCCACAGUGGUACACUCUGGAAUCAGAAAAUUCCCCUGGAAAUGACGUCAUGCUGGCCGUGUGGAUUGGAACCCAGGCAGAUGAGGCGUUCCAGGAAGCGUGGCAGUCAGAUUCGGGCGGGUUGAUACCAGAGACCCGGUCUAAGGUUUACUUGUCUCCAAAGCUUUGGUAUUUGAGGCUAACGGUCAUCCAGACCCAGGAUUUGCAAAGAGGUUCGGCAUCCGAGCCUAAGGGACGGCGAAACCCAGAGCUUUACGUGAAGGCUCAGUUGGGUGCACAAGUGUUCAAGACAGGAAAGACAUCGGUGGGCCCGUCAUCAUCCAGCUCAGCUAAUCCAACCUGGAAUGAGGACCUCAUAUUUGUGGCCGCUGAACCCUUUGAGCCAUUUCUGCUGGUGACCGUGGAGGAUGCGUCUCAUUCCCAGACAGUGGGCCAAGUGAAAAUACACGUGUCGUCCAUCGAGAGGCGAACAGAUGAUCUAAGGCCAAAAUCAAGAUGGUUUAAUUUGGUUGGGGACGAAAGCCGCCCUUACGCUGGAAGAAUCCACGUUCGAGUGUGCUUGGAAGGAGGGUAUCACGUGAUAGACGAGGCAGCUCACGUGACCAGCGAUGUUCGAGCCGCUGCCAAGCAACUGGUUAAGGCUCCUAUAGGCUCGCUCGAGGUUGGGAUUCGCGGGGCCACUAAUUUGCUGCCCGUAAAGACGAAAGACGGAACUCGGGGCACCACCGACGCCUACGUGGUAGCCAAAUAUGGGCCCAAGUGGGUCCGAACUCGCACCAUCUUGGACAGGUUCAAUCCACGAUGGAACGAGCAAUACGCCUGGGAUGUGUACGACCCUUGCACAGUGCUCACAAUAGGCGUGUUCGACAAUGGAAGGUACAAGCAUGACGAAGCGGGGAAGGCCAACAAAGACGUGCGAAUUGGAAAAAUCCGAAUACGACUAUCCACACUGGACACAAACCGAGUGUACAUGAAUAGUUACUCCCUCGUUGUAAUCUUACCAAGUGGCGCCAAGAAAAUGGGAGAGAUAGAGAUCGCGGUAAGGUUUUCAUGUUCCUCGUGGUUAAGCCUAAUGCAAGCUUAUGCAAGCCCAAUUCUUCCAAGGAUGCAUUAUGUGAAGCCACUCGGCCCCGCUCAACAGGAUAUCCUGCGCCACAUGGCUAUGCGUAUUGUUACCGCUCGGCUCGCGCGAUCCGAACCACCUUUGGGUCAAGAAGUGGUUCAAUUUAUGUUGGACUCGGACACCCACGUGUGGAGCAUGAGAAGGAGCAAGGCUAACUGGUUUCGGGUUGUGGGUUGUUUGUCUCGUGUGGCGACGAUGGCCCGGUGGCUUGAUGGGAUUCGCACGUGGGUGCACCCUCCAACCACAAUUCUAGUGCACUCGUUGUUGUUGGCAAUCGUGCUGUGCCCCAAUCUGGUGCUUCCCACCGUAUUCAUGUAUGCCUUCUUGGUAUUGGUGUUCAGAUUCCGUAAUCGACGGAGGGUCCCCCAGAACAUGGACCUUAGGAUAUCCUACGUGGACGGAGUGAGCCUGGACGAGCUUGACGAAGAGUUCGAUGGUUUCCCCAGCACGAGAUCUGCGGAGCAGGUUCGGAUCCGGUACGAUAGGCUGAGGGCAUUGGCGGGUCGGGCACAGAUAUUAAUGGGUGACGUGGCGGCACAAGGGGAGCGUUUGGAAGCACUGUUUAAUUGGCGAGACCCAAGAGCAACGGGGAUAUUUGUGGUGUUUUGUUUAAUGGCUUCGCUGGUGUUCUAUGUGGUGCCGUUCAAGGGAUUUGUUUUAGGGGCCGGGUUUUAUUACCUGCGACACCCACGCUUUAGAGGUGAUAUGCCAUCGGUUCCGGUGAACUUUUUCCGGCGGCUUCCCUCAUUUGCUGACCAGGUUAUGUAAGGAUGUCAUGGGCGGCAGUUUUUUUUUUAUUUGACCACUGUUAUUGUUAUUAUUAAUAUUAAUUUAUUAUUCGUUUGUUUGUUCCA